CAUCACUAUUUUGCCCAAGGCUCAUCUCAGCUGUUUUUUGUGCUUUCUGUUUUGUAACUGAACUGAAAUUUAACUCCAAAAACCAAAAACAUUUUUGUUUUAUUAAAUUUUCAACAAUCUGAACAAGCUGAAGCUAUUUAAGUCAAUUGUUCACAAACAUUUUACAUCCAUUGGUAGGACAAUGGCUUGGAGAUCAAAUGGUGUCAGCAAUGAAGAUUUGAUUCGUCAACUGCGAGAGUUUGGAAUUAUCGCUUCUGACCCUGUUGCUCUUGCUAUGGCAGCUACAGAUCGAAAACAUUAUUGUCCAUCAAAUCCAUAUGUAGACAGGCCACAGAGUAUCGGAGGUGGAGUUACAAUCAGUGCUCCACAUAUGCACGCAUUUGCCCUCGAAUAUCUAAGGGAUCAGUUGAAACCAGGUGCUCAUGUACUUGAUGUGGGUUCUGGUUCUGGAUAUCUGACUGCGUGUUUUCUUCGAUUUAUUAAUGGAAAGGGUGAACAUGCCGACACAAAAGUUGUUGGCAUCGAACACCAGUCUCAACUAGUAAACCAGAGCAAGGCAAACCUAAGAGCAGAUGAUCAAAAUCUUUUGAAUUCUGGAAAACUAGUUAUUGUUGAAGGAGAUGGCCGUAAGGGUUGUCCAGAAUAUGCUCCGUAUGAUGCGAUACAUGUCGGAGCAGCCGCCCCGGAAACACCAACAGCUUUGAUUCAGCAAUUGAAAAAAGGUGGACGAUUAAUAGUACCCGUCGGGCCAGAAGGUGGAACUCAAUAUAUGGAACAAUACGAUAAAGAUGAAGCCGGAAAUGUCCACAAUACACGGUUAAUGGGUGUCAUGUAUGUUCCUUUAACCGAUUUGAAUCGCUCCUGAUUGCUGUUGGCAUUAAAAUUCGCUGUGGUUGUCGGUCUCGCAUUGGUGCUUGUAUGGCGUGUAGCCCAUUUGAUAAAUUGGAUUUAAACUAAAUUCUUAUUUUCAGCCUGUUCGAAUAGUGUAUAUUUUUUGUCGAUUGAAUUGAAUAUUGUAUUAAAGAUAACGUUUAUUGAAGUGUCUUAUACCUUUAAUAAAAAUCAGUGAUUUGAAAAAAUGUGUAUUUUCUAAUACAAAAAUCAAUCGAUUAAUGCCUUUGCUAAAAUAAUAUUGUGCAGUUUUUGUUUUUUUCAUUUAUUAUUUUUAAUUAUUAGCAGCAUACAAUUUUAUCUUUGAAAUAUAUAUACAAGUUAUUUAAGACUA